AUGCCGACCAAUUUCCCUGCCGAACUUCCUCCACCUCCAAUCGGGCACCAGAGAACGAACCAGCCUAAGACCGGGCGUCCAAACCAAAAUCAACAACGGCCGGUGGUCGAGUUUCAUUUCAGCCUCGCUCGCAUCAUCCCCUCCCACAUCCAAUUCCCUGCACUCCAAGCGCUCCUCCUCUCUGCGAUCACCCGCAGAGAAGAUGAUCCCGAACACCUCGAAGCGAACCUCGACAACGAAGAAAUGGGUGGGAUCUGCGCUCUCCUUCUGAAUCGCUCAUUUGGCUGCUCCGAAACAUCCCAGGACUCCUCGCUGACGGGGUACACUACCCUCCCGCACCUCACGCCGUUCAUCACGCAGGUCCUUUACACGACCGGGUUCACUAACAUAUGGGCUCUCGACGCGAUUAGGGUGUUGAAGUUUAUGAAGAGGAGGGAUAAAGAACUUGGAGGAGGAGAGGGGGUUCGGAUCGCCGAGAGGCGCGAUGGUGAAUCCAAGAUGAAAGUCGAGGGGGAAGAGGAUGGGAUGGACGGCAAGCGGGUCAAGGUGGAGGGUAAAGGAAAGGAGAAAAAGGCAAAACUUAAGGAGAGGGAGAAAGAGUCGGCGAAAGAGAUGGAGAGAGAUGAUAAGGGCAAGUGCUCGGGAAAGGCUAUGAAAGAUUUGUGGUGGAGUGCGAUUUCGGGUUUUACGUUGAAGGAUGUCAGAGAGAUGCAAGCGCAGUUGUUGUAUCAUCUUGUACAGUAG